AAAGCAAUGCUGGUGCGACUUGACGGGAUGCAGCGCACGGGCACAGUCACGGUCACCCUGACACUCAAUCCAACGAUCACAUCAGCAGUAUUGGUGUCUCUAAGCGCCAUCUUAGCCCUUCUGCUCAUUUGCGUGGCAUGUCGAUGUAUGCGGAAGGCCAAUACGCCUCCAAAACGCCACAUUGCCCAAGGGACGGGGUACAAUCGAUUCGCUGCUGCUAGCACAACAGGCAGCAGCCACGACUACACACACCCGUUCUUGGGCCCUCCCGACUACGAACAGCCGUACGACGAACAUAGUCCACCAGCCUACCACGAACUGCCUUCGGCCCCACCACUAGAUGUGAUGUAACCUCGUAAAGAACACACACAUCAUAUGACC